AUGAAUAAUGAAUUAAAUAUAAUAAUAAAUAUUUGUAAAUUAAUAGAAUCAAGUUUUGGAAUAAAUGGGAAAUCUAAAUUAAUAUCACAGGUUUUUGAUUAUGAUGAUAAUGAUCAAGAAAAUCAAAUUAAUACCAAUACCAAUAAUAAUAAUAACCUAAAUAAUGACAAUAAAACAAUAUUAUCAACACAGAAAUUGAUUUUAACAAAUGGUAACAUAGAUGGAUUAAAAAUUUUAGCAUCAUUUAAUAAUAAUUCAGUUUAUUAUAAGAUACUAUUAGAACAUUCAAAUUUAAUAUAUAGACAGUAUGGUAGUGGUGUAUCACAAUUUAUAAUAUUGUUUGGAAGUUUAUUAAGAGAGUCGAUAAAGUUAACAAAAAAAGGAUUUACAAUUAACGAGAUUUUAGAUGAAUACAAAGAAUGCAGGUUAUUUUUAAAAAAAUAUCAAUUUACAUCAUCAGCAAUAACAGAAAAUGAAAAACAGCAUGUCCAAAUUAAUUAUAAUAUAAAAGAUAAUUUUAUAAAUCAUUAUUUAGAAUCAAUAAUCAAAGCAAGUGUAUCAAAAAAUUUAUUAAAUAAUUAUAUUAAAGAAAUAACAAAAAUAAUUAAAAGUCUUUUAAAUAAACUGCCAACACUAGAUCCAGAUAAAAUAAAAAUAUUAUUAUUGGUAAACGAUGAUGAGGAUGAUGAAAGAGAAGAGGAUGAACAGGAUUUCAGUUUUCAAUUAUUCGAUGGUAUAUUGUUUGAAUCAACAUUUUCAUUUGCUGGUAAAGAUCAUUUGGUCAAAUAUAUAGAUAACCCCAAGAUUUUGUUACUAAAUCAUGAAAUCGAAUUAAAGCAUCAAAAAGAAUUUUCAAAAAUCGAAAUUGGUGCAAGUAAAGAAGAUCAAGAUAUUGGCCAGUUAUAUUUAAAAUAUAUAGAAUCAGAAAAGCAAUUACUAUUUGACCAAUUGAAUAAUAUAUAUAGCAACGAAGUUAAUUUGAUUCUAAACAAAAAGAUUAUAGGAGAUUUAGCAACACAGGAGUUUGUAAAAAAAUCGAUUGGUAAAGAAGAGGGAAGUCAAUAUAGAAUUCAAUGUAAUGGUUUAAUUAAAGAUGAGCUAUUUGAUGAAAUUUUAAACUCGACAGGUGGAAUGGUUCAAUCAAGCUUAACAUCAUUAUCAAAGAAUACAAAGUUUUAUGGAGCAUGCAAACGUUAUAGACAAAUAAAUAUAGGUAAAAAAUCAUUUGAACUUUUGGAAGGUUUAGAUGGAUCAACUCAAACCAUAAUAUUAAAGGGAUCAAGUAAACAAAGUUUAAAACAGUUUAAACAAGGACUAUUAUCAUUAAUAAAAUCAAUAAGAUCAAUAAUAAUAAAUGAUAAUUAUAAUGUUGUUGGUGGCUGUGGUAAUUUCGAAUUAAAAAUUAUAAAACUAUUAGAAUUAAAAAUUAAUAAUAUUACAAAUAGUAAUGACAAUAAUGAUAAUACUAGUAGUAAUAAUAUUAAAAAAAUUAUAUUAAUCAAAAGUUUAAUUAAAAGUAUAUCAAGUAUUAUUAAAUUAUUAAUAGCAAACAGUAAUUUAGAUUUAGAAUUAUUUGACCAGCUAUUAGAAUUCAGCGACCAACAUAAUAGUGCCAUUGAUAUCGAAAACAACUCGGUUGGGUCCAUUCUAGAAUUAAAGCUAUUUGAAUCAAAUUCAAUGAAAUUUUCAAUUCUUAAUUCAUCAAUCGAAUUAUUAUCAAUAUUUCUAAAAUCAAUUUAA